GGCAAGGCGGGCUGACGGAAGGAAAGCAGAUGAAGUCAUGAACUCUCCCCUCCGUUAGCGCUCUUUCAUUGAAGUUGCGGUUCCUCCACCACCUUCCCCCACCCAAGCCGUGGAGCAACAACAAAAUAUAGACAUAAAGAAAGUACUCUCCUCCUCCCUCCCUCCCCCCACCUCUCCCUUUUCCUCACUGCUAUCGUGAGGCGGCGCUGGCUGGCUGGCUGUGACCAUGAUGGCGGCGGAAGUGGGGAAUGAAUGCCUGUUGGCGGCGGCCGCCGUGACUAUGGCGGCUCCAGGUGGAGAUGGAGACACGGUUGUUUUCCAGCCUCCGCUGCAAGAGAUGUCGAGAUUCGACCCGCUCACGGCUCUGGACACGGAGUCGACGUCGCCCGCCUCGGCCUCGGCCUUGGACUCCCUGUUGUCGGAGCCCAUGGAGGCCGUCGGCGCUGCUGCCCCUCUCGCCGGCGCUGGCGCUGCCCCAGCUGCCCUCCCCUUGCCCCCGGACGAAGUGGAUUCUUUCGACGGCCAUGAAUUUGAAGAGGAAGAAGUGGAGAUCCCACUGAUGGCACCUCCAACCAACCAGUGGUAUCAUGGAAAACUGGAUCGUACAAUUGCUGAAGAGCGGCUUUGUCAGGCAGAGCGACCAGGAAGUUACCUCAUCAGAGAAAGUGAUCGGAGACCAGGUUCAUUUGUGCUUUCGUUUCUAAGUAAAACAGGCGUGGUCAAUCAUUUCAGGAUCUUCGCAAUGUGUGGUGAUUAUUACAUUGGGGGACGACGCUUUUCCUCGCUUUCAGAUCUGAUCGGUUACUAUAGUCAUGUGUCCUGUCUACUAAAAGGAGAAAAGCUUUUGUUUCCGGUUGCACCUCCGGAGCCAGUUGAGGACAGAAGGAGAGUCAGAGCUGUCUUGCCCUAUACUAAAGUGCCAGAUACAGAUGAAAUUAGUUUUCUGAAGGGGGAUAUGUUUAUUGUUCACAAUGAACUGGACGAUGGUUGGAUGUGGGUAACUAAUUUGCGAACUGACGAGCAAGGCCUCAUUGUAGAAGACCUGGUGGAGGAGGUGGACCGUGAAGAAGAUCCACAUGAAGGAAAAAUUUGGUUUCGUGGAAAGAUAUCAAAGCAAGAGGCAUAUAAUCUACUAAUGACAGUGGGCCAAAUAUCUGGCUUUCUUAUAAGACCAUCAGAUAACACACCGGGUGAUUACUCUCUUUAUUUUCGAACAAAUGAAAACAUUCAACGAUUUAAAAUAUCUCCAACAUCAAACAAUCAGUUUAUGAUGGGUGGCCGAUAUUACAACAGCGUAGAGGAAAUCAUUGAGCACUAUAGGAAGGAACAGAUUGUUGAAGGUUAUUUUCUCGAAGAUCCUGUCCCCCUGCUGCAUCAAGAACAAGUUCUCGAAGAUUCUGUUGAUGGUAGAGAAAUAUACAAUACAAUCCGUCGCAAGCCAAAGGAUGCACUUUAUAAGAAUAUAGUGAAGGAUGGCUACCUCUGGAAAAAGAGCAAAAGUAAACGGUGGAAAAACUUGUACUUCAUUUUGGAGGGGAAUAACUCCCAGCUAAUCUAUUUUGAAAGUGAAAAGAGAGCAACAAAGCCAAAAGGAUUAAUUGACCUCAGUGUUUGCACUGUGUAUGGAGUUCACGACAGUCUGUUUGGCAGGCCAAACUGUUUUCAAAUCGUAGUGCAGCACUUUAGUGAAGAUCAAUAUAUCUUCUAUUUUGCAACAGAAACUCCAGAACAAGCACAGGACUGGAUGAAAUGUCUGCAGGCAUUUUGCAAUAACUUGAAGAAACCUCUGGCACCAGCUUCCAAUAAACGUCUUCGGCAGGUCAGUAGUCUGGUUUUGUAUGUGGAAGAAGCCCAUAAACUACCAGUGAAAUAUUUCACACACCCUUACUGUAACAUCUACCUAAACAGUAUCCAGGUAGCAAAAACGCAUGCCAGGGAAGGCCAGAAUCCUGUAUGGACUGAAGAAUUCAUUUUUGAUGAUCUUUCUUCAGAUAUAAAAGUAUUUGAAAUUAGUCUCAGUAACAGGACAAAGAAGAGCAAGGAUCCUGAUAUCUUAUUUAUGCGCUGCCAGCUGAGUAGGUUACAGAAAGGUCAGUUAAUCGAUGAAUGGUUCCCUCUCAGUUCACAUUUUCCACUAAAAGGAAUUGAGCCGGGAUCGCUACGUGUAAGAGCACGAUAUUCAUUGGAAAAAAUAAUGCCAGAAGAGGAAUACAGUGAGUUCAAAGAGCUUAUUCUUCAGAAAGAAUUUCAUGUGAUAUAUGCACUGUCACACGUGUGUGGCCAAGACCGUACAUUACUUGCAAGCAUUCUGCUCAGAAUUUUUCGGCAUGAGAAACUUGAAUCGCUAUUAUUACGGAUACUAAACGACAGGGAAAUUAGCAUGGAAGAUGAAUCUACCACACUCUUCCGUGCCACAACUUUGUCAAGCACACUUAUGGAACAAUACAUGAAAUCAACAGCAACACCAUUUAUCCAUCAUGCUCUGAAAGAAACUAUUUUAAAGAUAAUGGAAAGUAAACAAUCAUGUGAGCUGAAUCCUUCUAAACUUGACAAAAAUGAAGAUGUAAACACUAAUUUGGCACACCUAUUAGGUCUCCUAUCAGAAUUGGUGGAAAAAAUUUUCAUGGCUGCAGAAGAACUGCCUCAGGCUUUAAGGUUUAUUUAUGGAUGUUUACAAAAAUCUGUCCAGCAGAAAUGGCCAACAAAUCCCACAAUGAGAACCAGAGUUGUAAGUGGAUUUGUUUUCUUGCGGUUGAUUUGUCCAGCUAUUCUCAAUCCGCGGAUGUUCAAUAUCAUUUUGGAUCCUCCUUCCUCCACCGCUGCAAGAACGCUCACUCUUGUUGCAAAGUCUCUUCAAAACUUAGCAAACUUGGUAGAAUUUGGCGCUAAGGAACCCUACAUGGAAGGUGUAAAUCCAUUCAUCAAAAGUAACAAGCAUGUUCGAUGAAAGUUUUAUUUUUGUCUUUAGAAUGUACCUGAGGUUCCUGACACUACAGAGCACUUUAGGAUUGACUUAUCUCGUAACAUGGCGGCUUUGCAUGAGGUUUGUGCAGCACAUUCGGAUGAACUUCGUACCCUAAGUAAUGAACGGGGAGUCCAGCAGCAUGUCUUGAAAAAGCUUCUGGCCAUUACUGAACUGUUACAGCAGAAACGAAACCAAUAUUCUGCAGCCAACAGGUAGCAGAAUCUCAUUCAAAGAAUUGUGCAUGGAUCAGCAUGUCCCAAGGUUAUCACUGGACAACUCACUGCAAUCUCACUUGCUUGUGUACUUCUGAAAUAUAAACACCGGUGUACAACGUUCCCUUUGUCUUUCAAACUAUGCAACAGAAAAACAAACCUGGUUGAUGUUUCCACCAGUAACGUAGUAAGCUAUUUGUGCAGGCCACCUCUUGCACUUCCUUCUCUGAACCAAUCACUAGCUGUUGAGCUUUGAUGUAUCGUCAACUUUCACAAACCUAGGUGGGUUGAUAACCUCAUGGACUAUCACGGCGUUUAAUAUUUCAAUUUGCCAAAGUUUCCAGGAUCUGUCCAGAGCUGCAGUAUAGAAUGCCAGUCAACUGACAAGGUGAAAAAACAAGUUGAGUUACUUGUGUUUGGUGUGUAACUGGAUAUUGAGUUGUCGAGUGUAAUAUACUGUAAUUUCUGACUGACUACUUUUAUGGUUAAGAUUGCUACGUCUUUAUUCUCUGGUUAUAUUUACAGUUUAUUGAAAAUGUCUUUAAAUAUCAAGAUUCCUCACUAAAGACUGGUUAUUUUUUAUAGAAAAAAAGUGCAACAAGCAUUCGUUACAUGACAAUGAAUGUGAAAGAUCACAGCAUUUGUUGUGGCACUAAUUUUAAUUUGUUUAAUUACACUAUGACUGAGACAAUGAAAACAAUCUUGUGUAAUCAAAAGCUUUGUAUGUAUCAGGUUUACAACUGUAAACACAUUCAAUAGUUGAAUAAAUUUAUUGAUCAUUUAUUGGAAACGCAUGCACUUAUUAAACUAUUUUGUAAAGUA